AUGCGUCAAAACGAUAGAGACGCAAGGUUACAACAAUCUGGAAUGAAUGUGCAUUAUCCUACCGUGAACGAGGAUCCUCAAUCCCAUCCUCUCACAUAUUACUACUAUAACAAUAAUAAUAAUCCGAAUACUAAUAUGACUCAACAACAGAUGCUCCCUCAUCAGCAACAACAGAUGCUUCCACAACAACAACAACAGAUGCUUCCACAACAAGGUAUCCCAAUCAUGCAACAAUACUAUCCCACUACUACAAGUACUACGUUGCCUAUAUUGGAAAGGCCUCCAAGUGAAAAUGGGUUAACUCAACGUCGUUUAGAAGAUAAUAAGUCGACUAAUACAUCGUCGGUAUUGAGUGGACAAUCAUUGAUGGGUUCUCUUGGUAUCGAAGGUAUGACCGCCGAUUCAAUCAGUAGAUCGACAUCUCCUGCGUUCGCUAAUAAGUUAGGUCCAUCGACUUAUACUUACCCUGGUUUCCAACAGCAACAACAGCAACAACAACAACAACAAAUUUUACACCCGGUUCCAACUAGUAGUAGGAAUGUUAAUGUCCCUGGAUCCCAUACUUUACCAUUCUCUAGUACUCCGCCACUUCAUACACGUGAGACUCUGUCAAGAGAAUCUCAUCAUAGUAACACAUUAGUUAAUUCUCCACGACUUACACGUGCAGAUUGGGAUGUUACACAACAGAAUAUGGGGAUCAUUCAAUCUUACGAUAUAGUUAGUGAUUCGGGACAACAUGUACCGAGAGUCACCACUACAAUGUGGGAAGAUGAAUCAACACUUUGUUAUCAAGUUAAAGCUAACGGUGUCUCUGUUGUACGUCGUGCAGAUAAUGAUAUGAUUAAUGGUACUAAAUUAUUAAAUGUAACAAAGAUGACCAGAGGUAAGCGUGAUGGUAUAUUAAAAGCUGAAAAGAUAAGACAUGUUGUUAAAAUUGGAUCUAUGCAUUUAAAGGGUGUUUGGAUUCCAUUUGAAAGAGCUUUAAUAAUGGCAGAAAGAGAACAAAUUGUUGGAUUAUUAUAUCCUUUGUUUGUAAGAGAUAUCGAACGAGUUCUAAGAGGCGGGGAACGUCCACCAUCUGCUACUACUGCUACCAGCGCUUCUGCAGCCACCGCGGCCACAGCCGUACCUGCUACAUCUCAUCACAUAAUCAGUCGUCCAGCAUCUCGUACUACUUAUCCACCCUCUCAUACUCCAGUAAGUACUACUAAUGCUACUACCACCACAUCAGUGCCUGCACCAACUCAAUUACCUAUGCAUAUGCAUAUGCCAUUACCUUUACCUUUACCUCCUGUAUCGAUGCGAACUGCACAAUUACCAUUAGCUUUAUCGAUGCAAACUGCAUUGCCUCCAACAACAACAGCAACACAUAGCAACAGUAACAGCAGUAGUUCAAAUACUGGUACCGCUAAUACUACUACUACAACUGCUGCAACAUUUACAGCACAACAAUUACAUUUGCAACAAUUACAUACACAACAUAUGCUGCAACAACAGCAACAACAACAGCAUCAACAACAACAGCAACAGCACCAAGUUCAACAGCAACAACAAGUUCAACAACAACAGUAUGCUCCGUUACCACAACAACAACUGACAAGAAACGUCGGCCAAUUGGCCGUUGGUAUCCGUCCACCUCAACCUUCUACUAUCCCAGCUACAACUUCUACAAACUCCAGCAGUGGUAACUCCAGCAGUUAG